AUGUCGAAGCUGGCUCGGUAUGCCCAUAACCCUGAUAAGGUACAUUUUGAGGCUGUCAAGCGUGUCUUUCGAUACCUUAAAGACACCAAGAGUCUCGCGAUCAGUUUCUCUAAGCUGGGAGACCCACUAUGUGGCUUCGUGGAUUCGGAUUGGGCUGGUAGGCAGAAGCAUGCCUUACAACGUCUGGCUUCGUCUUUAAACUCAACGGAGGCCCUAUAUAUUGGGCUUCAAAGAGGCAACCGGUAG